AGCAAGUGUCAUUUCAGUGAGAUACAUUUCAGUCAAGUCUCGACGGUGAUUUAUAAACGACUCAUUUUUAAAAGUUGAUCUCAGAUUUGAUAAGUAUAUAUAUUAUAAAAUAUUGGAUAUCUUGUUUUCUUCUUGUUCUCCCGAACUCGAGAACAAUGCCAGAUAGUAUGUCCGAAAAAGUGGAAAGUGUGAAAGACAGAAGAAAGAGAUUGGCAAAGCAGAUAUGCAUCGUGAUUCUUGCCAGCCUCGGUCACUUAUCAAUUGGAAGCAACAUAACUUUCCCUUCUGUGGCUGUGAGCGACCUGGAAAACUACAACACCACCAUCACAGGAGAUCAACUUAUACUUACGGACACAGAAAAGGAUAUGAUGGGGAGUCUGGUGUCUUUGGGGUCCCUCCCGGGGGCGUGGCUAGCAGGGUUCCUCAUGGCUGUGAUUGGGCGGCGCUAUUCCAAGAUCCUUUCGGGCGUGGUCUGCUUCGCGUCGUGGAUGGGCGUAGCUUUCUUGCCCACGCCCAUUACGCUGCUCGUGGCAAGGGCCAUUGCAGGGGUCGCUAGUGGCAGUAUGUCCGUGGCAGGAAACACGUACGCUGUGGAGAUGGCAGAUGUCGAAAUACGUGGAGCUAUAGCGCUGAUCCCCACCGUUGCUCUUAUGCUUGGCCAAGUGCUAACCGUGGUCAUAGGCUACGUGGCCAGGUACUACGUGGUCGCGCUGGUGUGCUCUACGAUUCCUUUGGCCUACGUGGUGGCUAUGGCUCUGCUCCCGGAGUCCCCGGCUUUUCUCGCUGUCACAGGUCGUGAAAAGCAAGCUCGGAAGACCCUCAUAAGACUGCGUGGAGAGCAUGCUGACGUUGAUGCUGAGAUCGAGGGCUUCCGCACGAUGAACGCCGGCGCCGAGGGAAGGUCCUUGUGGCGAGGACUCCUACAGGCGGACGUCGCGAAGGGCUUGGGCGCCGUCUGCGGACUCUUCCUCGUACAGGCCUUCACGGGUUACUUCGUGUUCACCGUCAACGCCUCGCGGUUCUUCAAGGAAGCCGGUUCUUCCAUUGACGAGAAUCUUGCUGCAAUCAUCGUCAUGGUCGUCCAGUUUACGGUGACCAUCUUCGCUUCGCUUAUCAUAGACAAAAUCGGGCGACGGAAAAGUCUGUUCGUGUCGUUCGUGUCGAUGAUUCCCUUCCUGAUCGUCAUGGCGGUGUACGUCGGGAUCACGGGGGAAGGGGAGGAGAAUGGAGGAAGAGGAAGGCCGGCGUUCCACCCCUUGGCAUGGGCGAGGCAGGGGUUGACAGGGGCAGACGAGUACCAGGUAGGGGAUGAUUGGGCACGGGCAGGGGACACCGAACCCACUCCCUACGGUUGGGUACCCCUGGUGGCUAUGAUGCUGUUCUUAGUCGGGUCGUGUUUUGGCGUGAAUCCCGUCCCUUAUAUUCUGGCCAAUGAGUACUUUCCCACGGGGAUUCGGUCGCAGGCAAGCAGUGUUUGUAUUUCCAUCAGUACAAUAAUGAACUUCGUGGCAUUGCAAGUGUACACUCCAAUGCAAGACGGUCUCACACAGGCAGGAUUGUAUUCCUUCUACGCCGCUGUGUGUGCGAUCGGAAUCCCUUAUACUUAUUUCUUCAUAAGGGAAACGAAUGGCAAGCAGAUAGGAUAGAGGAUUGAGGAUCUUUCGUUGGCUAUAGACAGUGGAUGGUUUGAUUGUGUUUUUUUUUUUUUUUGUUUAGAGUUAGGGUGAUCGAAGUUAUUUAUUUUUUUGUGUGGUUCGUUAAUGAUGUUAAUGAUGUA